CGCACCAUGUCCACAAUCAGGCGCGGCGCAUCGCCGACUGCGCAUACCGAGGUUGGUCCGGGAUUGCAAGCCGGACUGGACGCUUCUGCGCCAAUUGAUACCGGACUGGAGACUUGGGAAGACCCCAUGCACACCCACGAGCGGACCCCUCUAUUAAAACAGGACAACGAAGAAUCCCUACCGGAGCAUGAUCAUCGGGCUGGCCUACCAUAUGAUGUUCCCGUCAGCCAGGGAGGCUUCUGGCAGACAUGGAGACGGCCAAGCAUCCUUUGGAUUCUUCCAUUUCUUGUCUUCUAUAUGCUAGGUAUCGGCGGCACUGCAGUGCCCAAAAUCAACCUGAUGAUGUCUCUCAUUUGCAGGGAUUAUAUGGCGAAAAAGGCGACCCAAGACCCGGGUUUCACGUAUCUGCCUGUCAUCAUUGGAAAUAAGAAUUCGCAGUGUCAGACACCCGAAGUUCAGUCAUUGCUUGCUCAAUUCCAGUUGUAUUUCAAUCUCCUGGCCGGGAUACUAUCUGCGCUGGCAUGCCCCAGACUCGGUCACCUAUCAGAUCGCUACGGUAGGACAAAGAUACUGGCCCUCAACGCAUUGGGGACCAUUUUGGCGGAGGCUAUCUUUGUCUUUGUCUCAGCCAGGCCAGAUCUUGUUUCUGUGCAUGUGAUUUUGCUGGCUGCCAUCGUGGAUGGCGUCUGUGGUUCUUUCACCACCAUUAUGGCGCUGACAAUGUCGUAUGCCUCCGACUGCACCAUCCCAUCGAAGCGGAGUGCAGCAUUCGGGUAUGUAUACGGCUCUCUUUUUGCUGGAACCGCAGCUGGGCCUCUGCUGGCGGCUAUCUUGAUCAAGAAAACAGGCCAAGCACUGAGUACCUUUGAGGCGUCGUUGGCCCUGAAUGUUCUCUACCUCAUUGCAGUCAUGACCAUCAUCCCGGAGUCAUUAUCGACAGAACAGCAGCGGCAAGCGCGGGACAGUCAUCGGAGAAAGGUCAUCGACGAAGGGGAGGCAGGCUGGCUGAGCCUGGAGAACCUCAACCCCAAACGGCUAAUUACACCUUUAUCUGUUCUGCUACCGCCAGUAGGACGUCCCAGCACGCUUUUCCCCAAUCGUCACGGCGCGACCCCGGCUUUGCGCAGGAAUAUUAUUCUUCUUACAGCGAUGGAUACCAUUGCAUUUGGGGUAGCGUUGGGAACCGCUCAAGUGAUCAUCAUUUAUGCCGAGUACAAAUUUGACUGGGGCAAUGUGGAAUCAAGCCUCUUCAUAUCGAUUAUAAGCAUCGCCCGGGUCGUCAACCUUUUUGUUGUAUAUCCGAUCAUCAUCGCAAUCUUCCGUGAACCACCAAAACCAGAUCACAUCGUUCCCGGCUCCAGCACCUGCGAGAUUGUUAUUAUACGACUUUCGCUUUUCCUAGACAUGGUUGGCUAUAUGGGUUUUGCAAUGUCAUAUCAGGGUUCCAUCAUGGUAUUCUCGGGGAUCGUCAUGGCACUUGGCGGCAUGGGGAUACCGACAAUGCAAUCAUCUCUCACGAAACAUGUCCCUCGUGAACGGUUAGGUCAGAUCCUUGGCACGAAAGGACUCUUGCAUGCUUUGGCUCGAGUGAUCUCUCCAACCGCUUGCAGCCUCCUUUACAGCCUGACGGUUGGAAAGUUAACCACCAUGGUCUCCAAACCCACCAGCGGCACACCAGCUGUGCCAUCACGAAAUGCCCUACGAGUCCUCCGUCGAUUGGCUCUUGCAGGAUCGACUGUGGGAAGCUUUUGCACGGUUGCAGCCAUUACCUACGACGUCCAUCGUCGGGUGCGCGUUGCGGAACGAAUUGUCGAAAACAAGCGGGCCUUGCAAACCUCAGCCCCGAACUACGAUGCAACGUCUGCAGCAAGGAGACUAGCACGUAUGAUGGAGGCGGCUGAGGCGGGAGAGUUUAUGGGCUUGGAGUCACUAAAGGAGCAAGACCGAAAGUUCAGAGAAGCGCAAGCUGUCCCGGCUGGGGUGGACGUUCGUGGUGACGACUUGAGCUGGGAUGUCCAGCUGCAAGACCAACCUGCUGCCCCUACGGAGACUUAUAUGAAUACUGCACGCUCAAAGUUGAUUGACACCUUUACUCCCGGACGAGUACCAGCCAAUUCGACCUCAGCUUCCGAUCUCCCUCCGAACCUAACACGAUCGACCGAUGCACUGGACCGAGCAAAAUCCGCCCUUGCCAAUGCGAACCAAAGAACAACCGAAGAUCAUGGGAAGCAAACAGAAGAUGUAGCUCAAUGGCAUGAUUCAGUCACAGAAGACAUGCAAAAAUUUCUUGACCACGGUCGGCCCAUUGAUGCCGCCCACUUGUUUUUGGACGCCCACCCCGCAACGUUGAACGGCAUAUCUACAGAUAGACGGGAAGUUACGGUCAAGACAUUUUAUGCGAAUUGCAGAGAAGAGAACGUUAUGGUUGCGAGGAAUAUUUUUGAACGCCUAGAAGACGUGGACAAGGUGUCUCCUGGCAUGUGGAAAGUUUUGAUGUUCGCGCUAGCGAGAAAGGGGAGCAUCGAAUCCGUCGCCACUAUAUUUACCCGAUACAUGCACAAAUUCAAAGUGCCGCCGGAAAUGGUCGAUAUCGUGCUCCGAUGUUUACUAGAGUCUCAUCGACUUACUACAGCCAAAUGGUUUCUUCUGCGAAACCUCGAGGUUGAUCGUGGCUGCGGCUUAUGCGGCGCCUAUCUCGCCGGGCUUUGGAAGAAGACAAGGAGUAUCGAGCUUUUGAACGGGCAAUUGAAGAAGAUCCUAACUAUCCUUCCACGCUUGGGAAAGGAACCCACUGACAAGCUCUUUAACCCCGUGAUCAAAGCAUACGUGGAAUUCGGUCGGCUGGCUGAUGCGGAAGCACUGGUCAAAGACAUGACGACUAGAUACGGCAUUCCACUUCGCUGCCGAACAAAGGGACUUUUGGUAUUUGGAAGGGCUUUAGCCUGUGAUUGGGAGGGCGUGGACGCUGGGUUACAGCAGAUGCAUGAGCUUAAGUUGACCUCGAGGAAGUAUGAUUUUACGCCGAUAUUUGACCGCAUCUUCCUCGAAUACUGGGUAUCACAUUCCGGUGAAGAGAUCCGCGAUUUUGUCUAUCGUUAUAUCGAAAAGUUCCAGAUGGUUCCCGACAAAAUUCUUUACAAGCACAUACUGGAGGCAUUUGUGGAAAAGGGUAAUAAGGAAAUGGUUGAUGAAUUUGUGCGGUUCGCACGUGAGCGCCGUUGGCCGAACUUCAUCAAUGAGCAGGAAUUCUUGGAAAUGCUUCGAAAGCGUCGUCACGCUCUUGAGGAAGCACCAGUGGGGUUCUGGCAGAUGCUGCAGGCAGCUCGGGCGAAAUAUGGACAAGCUGCCACAUCGCAACAAGUGCUUGGAUAUGACCAGCGGUCUUUCCCACUUGCGGAAGUCAACCUGAUGCCGUACACGCAGGACCCGUUACCGUGGUAUCAACGAACGCUGCAACACAUGACUCCCUCGAGGCCGGUUGACCAAUACCAAAAGCUCCACAAGCAGAUGUCUCAUUACAUGCAUGUCGGUAAGCUGACGGAGGCGUUGAAAUGCUUUGAGAAUGCCAAGAACGCGCGGUUCCAAUUCAAACAGUUGCAUGUUGAACUCGCAGUUAUCUGCACUCUGCUUGAGGAGGGUGUCGGUGCUGCUCGUGCUUUGAUCGACUCCGAGUGGAAGAAUAUUCGCCACCUGUUGGCUGUUGAUCUGUUGGCCACUGUCUACAUGUCCCGCUUCCGGCACUCGUUGGCAUAUGAUGGUGUCUGCAUGAAAAUGUUCAUUCGUGCGUUUGCCGCCACUGGUAAUUUGCAUGGCAUGCGGUGGUGCAUCUUGACCGCUCUGGCCCGAGGAAGCGCACUCAAUCGUGACUUUGUCAUCGAAGCCCGCCGGGUCACUGGAAACCUGCAUCGUCAGCUAAGCUCGGCCGAAGGAUCUAAGGAUGUGUCACGGGACAUGGAGAAGAUCGAGUAUCUGACGCAUGCCGUUGAACUGCUGGAGAAGAAGAGCCAGGGCGAUCCCCAGCUGUGGCAGCUCAAAACCAACCCGACGGUGAAGAAGGCCGGUCGCCGGCUACUAAAGCGCCCUCUUGAUGAACGGCGUCUGUACAAGAAGGCCCAUCUUCAGGAAACAAUUGAGGGUUGGGAUGAGGAAUAUGAGUUGGAGGCCGUGCUGGGCCGUAUUGACAUUGACCCGAAGUCGAUUGCGCUUCGAUGGAGCGAGAAGCACUGUCUGGGGCAGAUUCGUGAAAUUGAUGAUCUGCUGUGA